ACCCAGGUGAUGGGGGAGAUCAAGGUGGCUCUGAAGAAGGAGGUGAAACAAGAGGGAGACCAGCUGAUCCUGGAAGUCCUACAGUGUAGAAACAUCACUUACAAAUUCAAGAGCCCAGACCACCUACCAGAUCUCUAUGUGAAGCUGUAUGUGGUGAACGUGGCGACUCAGAAGAGGAUUAUCAAGAAGAAGACCAGAGUGUGUCGUCACGACAGAGAACCCUCCUUCAACGAGACCUUUAGGUUCAGCCUCAACCCCACCGGACACUCCCUGCAGUUGUUCCUGGUGUCUAACGGGGUAAGUUUAUGAAGAAGACCCUGAUAGGAGAGGCCUACAUCUGGCUGGACAAGGUGGACAUGAGGAAGAGGGUGGUCAGCUGGCACAAGCUGCUGGUCAGCUCCACACACAACCAGUCAUGAGAGGUCAACUUGAGAGGACACCGAGGGGUCAACCAGAGGUCAGUGAAGAUCAAUGAAUACUUAUGGUCAAUGGCUGUUCUUUGUCAAGACGAGGAGGAGGAGUUGAGUUACACAGUGCCCUUCAUCCCCUUUGUGUUAUUCUGUAUGGAAAGAAAAGAGAGGGGGAGGAGAAGAAGAGAUAAGAGGGAAGGAAGAGGGGUUGCGGGUACGGACUCGCCCAGAAAGAACUGAUCCUCCUAUUCCCUCUCCCACUGCCAGACAUGGACUUUACCCUGAUCCUUAAUUGGACCAAAGACUGUCAGAGACUGUACCCUGAUUGGAUAGACUGCCAGCACGCACGCACGCACACACACACACACACACACACACACACACACACACACACACACACACACACACACACACACACACACACACACACACACACACACACACCGAGGAAUGAAGAAGUCCUCCGCUGUAAGAGGACACACACAUCUCACCACCUGUCAGCUCUCUGCUCGACAUGUCGGAUGCAAAACCUGACGUCAAACAGGACUGGGCAGCAAUAUCACAAAGAUAGUUACCAUGAUGGAGCUACUCAUUUCUGUUCUGUCUGAAUCUGAUACUGUUGUUUAUGGCUUAUCAGAUCAUUAUCAUUAUUGGGAUUGAUCUGUGAAAAUGUCAGUCAGUCAGUGAGUGGGGUUCAAAUUGAUGUAUUUGUUUGUGUGUUUUUGUCCUUGGCUGUUUGACAAAGUAUGGAAUGUUUGUUGUAAGAUUCUAUUUAUGUUGUGUACAAAAAGUACAGUGCAAUUAUAUUGUUGAUAAGUAAUUAACGAAACCUGACCAUACCUGAACUCUCAAGUCCAGUAGGUGACAGUAAUGUACCAUUACAGUUUGUUGCCAACAGCCAUAAAACUCCAACUUGACCUUACCUGGAAAGAUGUAGAUGUACAUUCAGAUUUAGAUAGAUAUAUGUCAGAAUAUGAAUCAUAUCAGAGACACAGUGUACAGAGAAAUGUUAUUUAUGACCAUAGAUGCAUAUAUUACAGAUGAUAUGAGGUGUCUCCUCAUGUACAGUUUAUUCUAAAGACUACAUUCUGGACAAACAAGGGUAUGGAAGGAGCACAGACAAUCCAAUCCCUUUAGCUCUGGUGUUAUGCAGUUAUACUGGGUGUUAUACAGUGGGAAAACAGGAAAAUGCAGUUCAAAUGGUGAAUGUAGAACUCAUAGCACAACUGAGACAGAGAGGAGAACAACUACAUGGAUAUCCGUCCUCUUACAGGUGGGGAGAAGAGAACAGAUAGAAGAGGAUGUCAGGUCCCUUCCCUUCAAACUCAUGGCAGUCUGAUAUAUUGUGUUGUGAGAGAGUCCAUUCCACAUACGGACAGCAGUGUGUAGGAAUCUUCCGUCCCCUCCCCUUAUUAUGUCCUGAACGUUACUCACUGAGGAAGAUCACAUGAUUUUACUGGACCCAUCAGACUGGUUAUGUUUUUGUGAUGUCUUACGCACAUGUGACUGGAGGCUUAAACAAUAGUUUUGGUUUGAGAGCAAAACCGAGAUUGCUGGCCACCUUGCCCAACCUGCAAUCGAACAGAGGGAUGUGUAGCCUCUCUCUGGUGAAGUGCUCUGCUCCCCUGUUUGGGCUCCUCACCUAUUCUAUGUUAAAGCAACAGUUAGACACACCUGUCCCCUGCGUGUGUGACAUCACAGUCUGGUUCUGUAAAAAAAACGGAACACCCAACAUCUUGCUGUAAACAGUACACUGUAAAUUGUGCACUGUGCAGUCAGUGUCAGUGGAUGUAAUGCGACAACACAGUGAACCAGCCUUUGUCACUGCCUCUGGUCAAAGCUCUAAGUCAUUACCUAUGGUCCAGUCAUAACACGGCCAGGACACACUGAUACACACUGAUAUACAGUCCAAAUCUAUGGGCUCAGAACCAUAUGGCACUACUGUUGUUAGUAUAUUAUUAUUGUCAGUGAUCUAUAUAGUGGAUCAUAGUGAACAACAUCCUCAAGUGACCCUACAGAGCUAGUACCCUCCACCCUAUCUGCAGGCAUAUCACUGAGCAAC